UCCGCAUAGGCUGUAAUUUGAUGGCUCUGAACGAUCUUCUUCUCCUACCUGAUUUCGCACCUUAAAUUCCUUUUAAGUGUCUACUAGAAAGGGCCUGCACGUAAAGGGAGUUCCCUCUACAUCUGCAUUCCUUAAUCGUAUUCAUUUUCAAAGCAUACGAUGCUAAUUAUUUGCAACACGAAGUUCUUUUUUCCUUUCCUUUGUGUCAGACCCACAGAACAGGUUGCUGUGCGGGCUAUUUACUUACUUGUCUCGUUUCUCUCAACUUCUCCCAGCUCCCUAACGCAUGCCCCUACUGCUCGGCCGGGGCACCUCUCCUGUUUACAGCUCUGGAUGCUCUCUCGCACAUGGCUGAAUUACCUUCAGCACAGUAAAUUGCUUCCCGGCCCCUCCCGAAACGUGUUCAGACUUUCAGAACAGAGGCAAAUCGAGCUCUCCUGUCGAAAAAUAUCUUUGCAGGCUUCUGUGCGUCUGCAGUUAAAGCAAGUCAAGCCCAUUUCCCUUUUUAAAUCUCUGCUGUUGUGUGUGCACUGUUUCCUGCUGAAGAGUAAGUUAGGCUGGAACCUGCUGCUGGACAGCUUUCAGGUCUUUCACGCUGGAAGAAGUCCAGCAGUGCGGUCUCUGCUGACUCCAGCUUUACCUGUACAGGUAAAGUUGUCUUACUGGCUUUAGCUAUUUAGUAUGCCUAACUAUCUUUUAAGCAUAUCGUAACAGAUGAAUAAAAACUGCCUUUUCUGUGAUUGCACUUGUGAUUCUGACGAACAAUCAAAUCAGCUGAUCAUCGUUUCUGGUUUGUUACAUGCUUUUUUUGCCAUCCCGUAACAUGGGCUUUGCCUCUUGUUCUCAGGACUGCUGCUUGUGAGCGUGUGCAGGAGCGCUGGGAGCUGCGAGGCCACCACGGGUUUGUGCUCUGUGUCUUGUUGGCACCAUGAGCUCUGGCACCACCGCCCCAGUGAGGGUGGUCAGCAGUCUCGCCAACACCGACGUCAACUAUGUCAUCAAAGAGCACUAUAAUUACACGGGAAAGCUAAAUGAGAAUGCGGACAGUGGAAUAAAAGUGACGUCGGUGGUUUUUAUCAUCAUUUGCUGCUUUAUAAUCUUAGAGAACAUUUUUGUCUUGCUCACCAUCUGGAAAACCAAGAAAUUUCACAGACCAAUGUACUAUUUCAUUGGGAACCUGGCUCUUUCGGACUUGCUGGCUGGCGUGGCUUACACUGCCAACCUCUUGCUCUCCGGACACAAAACUUACAGCCUCACCCCUUCCCAGUGGUUCGUAAGGGAGGGCAGCAUGUUUGUCGCCUUGUCAGCUUCUGUGUUCAGCUUAUUGGCCAUCGCCAUUGAGAGAUACAUCACCAUGCUGAAGAUGAAGCUCCACAAUGGCAGCAACAGCUUCCGCUCUUUCCUGCUGAUCAGUGCCUGCUGGGUUAUCUCUGUGAUACUCGGAGGACUCCCGAUCAUGGGCUGGAACUGCAUCAGCCUCUUGUCAAACUGCUCCACAGUGCUGCCGCUCUACCACAAGCACUAUAUUCUCUUUUGCACCACAGUUUUCACUGGCCUGUUGCUAUCUAUUGUUGUCCUCUAUUGCAGGAUCUACUCCAUGGUGAGGACUAGGAGCCGUAGGCUGACAUUUCGAAAAAACAUUACCAAAGCUACCAGGAGCUCAGAAAAGUCACUAGCCUUGCUCAAGACAGUGAUCAUAGUCCUGAGUGCCUUCAUUGCUUGCUGGGCUCCCUUGUUCAUCCUGCUUUUACUGGAUGUGGGCUGUAGAGUGAAGACAUGCCCCAUCCUGUAUAAAGCAGAGUAUUUCUUAGUGCUGGCCGUGCUCAAUUCAGCCACGAACCCUAUCAUCUACACCUUAACUAACAAAGAAAUGCGGAGGGCUUUCAUCAAGAUUCUGUGCUGCUGCAGAUGUCCCCCCACAGACUCGGGGACUAAAUUCAAGAGGCCGAUCAUCGGAGGGAUGGAGUUCAGCCGGAGUAAGUCCGACAAUUCCUCCCACCCACAGAAGGAGGAAGGCGACCGUCCUGAAACCAUCAUGUCUUCAGGCAACGUUACCUCAUCUUCUUAGGAGUGACCGUGGAGGUGUUUAGAGCCUUCCUCUGAAACUGGGAGCCGAGGCACCUCCUGCUCGCUGCAGCAGUGCUGGGCUGAGAAGCGAGUAGCAUUAGUUCUAACGAGGCCAAUGGUGCACUUGCGAGGCUGGAGUUCAAGAAAUGGGACACGCUGUUCUGGCUCAAAAAUCCAUUUCCCUGGAGCAUGUUUUGUCUUUGCACUGAGGCAGCUCAGGAUUGUCAGGCGCAUUCAUAUCCUGAGAUCUCCUUAGUAACUCUGAAAGACUGAUGCCUUGGGGAAGUGAUGCCUGGUGUGUGCAAGAGAAUGAGAGUCGGGGAAGAGGCAAAGGGAGAAUGAAUUCUUUUUUUUUCUUUUUUUUUUCCCUGUGAGAAGAAUGUGAAGUUAUUUUUCCUUUACUUGCAGCAAACCACUGACACAAAGCUCUUUCUGUACUGGGUUUAGUGGUGGCUCGUAUAGUUUGUCAGAAGUGUUUGUUUAACACGUAACAAGGAAAGAGAUCAUGCAGGUAUAAUUUAUACCAAGGGCAACCAUAAUUUGACAUCACCUUCCACAGUUUUUAGUUAAAUAGUAAGGUUUUAUUUGCAGAGUCCAAAGCUGUUGGAGUUUUAUUUAGCAAGAUUAUAGCUGUGAAUUUUUGUUGGUGGUCCAUAUUACAUUUGAAGACCAAGAGCAGGCUCUGUAGUUACACUCACUUAAACAAUUCCAUGACUGUGUCAGAUUUCAUGGAAUCGCUCAGAGCAGCAUUUGGCCCCACGUGUUGUUUGCCAUGUUGUUAUAUAGCAUUAAAUAAACUGCAUUAUUGUGACAAAAUGCGAGGUAGAACUAAAGGUCACUUCUCAUAAAGAUGACAGAGAGUAAAUCUAAUAGAAUAAAAUUCUGUUGACAGCAGCAGGAUUUUUACUGAGGUUAAAAAGAGCUAAAAACUGAAGGCAAAGGUUAGUGUCAUGUGACAAAGACAAAAGGUAAAGAUUGGUUACAUCGCCUGAAAGGAAAGCCUGGAGUUUCAGACAAGUAAGAUUUCAAGUGAAAUGACUAUAGAUAAAUGCACUUCCAUAACAAAAAUGCAACACAUUUUGGCACAUUUUAUUAAUGUUCAUAAUUGCAGGAAAUCUGUUUGUAUUUUAUCAGUUCGUGGCUUCAUGGGAGAAGUGCCUGUCGUUAAAAUGAAUGUAUUUGUUUUACAGUAUCGUUUUUACUUCUCUGGUUUUCUAACCUGUGCUAAUGGGGUUGAAUGUGUACAAUGUAAAUAAGUUAAUGAGAUACAGGAGUCUUCACGCACCUAGAGUAUUACUAUAACAAAAGUGGUAUAUCUGGGAUAGCUGAGAGCAACUGACUGAUUUACAGUUACGGACAACUCCUAGAAGUGCUAUUUUGUAAAAAAAAUAAAAUAAAAUAAAAAUUAUUGCUUUUGUAGUAAAACUUCCAGUGCAAUUAAAUUGAUUUUUUUUUCUGGUUUAAAAAUAGUAUUUAAUAUGUUUCUGACUUCUGUUGUUCAAUUUGCACAUAGCUUUAUUGACUUCUAAACAUUAAUAAACUGAUUUUUGUAAAGAUUCUGUUAUCACAGU